AGCUCCUUCGUUUCUACAAAGUUUUAUCCCAGCAGUAUGCCUCUCAGUUCCUGGUGAGGAAACGUCGAGCAAAUUCUUUUAUGGAAGAAAGUAAGAAGGGAAAUCUAGAAAGAGAAUGCAUUGAAGAAUUAUGCAAUAAGGAAGAAGCCAGGGAAAUCUUUGAAAAUAAUCCUGAAACUGAGUAUUUUUAUCCCAAAUAUUUAAGCUGCCUUGCCUCCCAUCGAGCAGAGGUUUUCAGGGUUACUGCAGUUAUUCCAGAUUCUCCAGCCGACCUGAGGGCUUGUGUCAAUGAAAUUUCAAACCAGUGUAGCCCUCUGCCAUGCCAUAAAGAUGGAUAUAAGGAUUGCAUAGAUGGACAAGCCAAAUAUACAUGCGUCUGUAAACCAGGAUGGCAAGGAGAAAAAUGUGAAGAAGAUAUAAAUGAAUGCGAAGACUUAAAUGGAGGUUGUAGCCAACGCUGUUCUAAUUUACCUGGAAGCUACCGUUGUUUAUGUGAAGAUGGCUACUUCAUGCAUUCAAAUAAACGGGAUUGUGGAGAUAUAAAUGAAUGUGUGUUGCAUCCAAACAUCUGUGGGACAGCCAUCUGUAAGAACUCCCUGGGGAAGUACGAAUGUGAAUGUGCAGAAGGCUACAUCUAUAAUUCAACUUCCAAGAACUGCGAAG